CACCAUAUCACAAUAUGCAAUGCCCAUUCCCUCUGUUGGGGGCAUGUCUGCACAAGAUGCUAAGGUAUCCCAUUUUGAUUUGGAGGACAUGAUGGUGGACAUCGGUUACUGGUUCAAGGGUAGCACAAAUCGGAAAGGAUACCCGACAGAGUUUUGUGAGCUCCAUGAAGUGGAGUACAUGGAGGUCCUCAUCCGUGUCUCGGUUCGUUGGCUAAGCCUUUGAACGUUGUUUGACCAGGAUCCUCAGACUUUAUGAACCUCUGGCCAGCUACUUCAAAUCUGCUGAUGAAAAUCCGGCCAGGUUCAAGAGGCUUGUGCAGACGUUCACUGACCCCAUGACAGAAGUGUACCUGCUGUUCUUUCAAGCCACCGUACCAACUUUCACUACUUUCAACUUGCUUCGGUCAUCAAUAUUUAUGUUAUAUGAUGAGAUGGUGAAAUUUGUACGCAAGCUUUGUUCAAAGUUCAUUGUUCCAGCAGCUCUGCAGGGUCUUGAGGAGCCUGGUGAUAUUGCCUUUGAAGAGAAGGCAAACCAUUUACCAGGAAGAAAGUUGCACAUUGGGUUCACACAACCAGGGCUAAACUCAACAGACUACUUGACGAGGGUGACAUCACACCACAGCAGGGGGAUUCAUUCCAUGAAGCUGUGUUAUGUUUCCGGACAAGUGCUGUGGACUAUGCACUAAAGAAGCUGCCACUGAAAGAGCCACGGCUCAAACAUUCAACAUUUGUAGAUGUACGGCAGAGGGCUGAAAGAGAUGUCCUGUACUUUGUUGAAAGGUUUCCCCAUCUCCUCCCAUACCAUGGUCCAGAGGAGCAUGACCUUCUGGGUGAGGGGUUUCUAAGUUAUCAGACCAUGCCAAUGAUAUCCCUGUAGGACGAAACUGAAAUGGAAAGCUUCUGGGCUGAAAUGGCAACCCGGAAACAUAAGCCUAGCAUUGGAGGGCACCCUGUCCUCAAUAAUGACCAUAAAGAUGGCCGACCUGGAGCCCUUUUUCAAAUGGGAGCCCCCCUCGGAUGUCAUCAAGGCCUCCAAGAAGGCCACAGCCACAGGCCAGUAUAACCGUGCCCACAGAUCAUAGACAAGGACUAGCUUCUGAUCUGCAUCCGAUACUGAUGACCUCAUUUUUUGUUAUUUUGUAAUGCGUUCAUCUGUUUUAUUGCUUUAUUGCUGUUUAAGCACUUCAAGCACUUCAUAUGUUGCACUUUAUUUGUUUCUAAUGGACCAUGUGGUGGGAGGCUUUGAAUGACGAAUAAUUUAUCUCCCUAACUAAUCUUGUCGUUUUUGGCUGAACAUAAAUCAUCAAGUGCUCUUAAGAAUACAAUUAUUCACAAUAUAGGUUAGGUUUCAGUUCAGAAUUUGUUUAAUACCAUUGUUGUGAUCAAAAUAUCAUUGAACCUACCUAGGUCAAAUCUUAAACACUGGUCUAUGAAAACGGCUAUAUUGUGGCACAUAGGCAGUCAUUUAGGCACAACAAUAGUUUUCUGGUUUAUUGUUCAACUCCAGACUAGGCCCCUACAAGUCCUAAAGCCAAACAUGAAUCAGAAUAUGUUCAGGUAUUGCACAUCUUUAGCAGACCACCCAAAAAUCCACUAAAAUGCAGGAAAUCACAUCUACUUUAUCCAAAAUGUCCUGGUGGUUGACCUUCACAGCUUCACAGAAUGUAACCAAUUUUGUCCAUCUCCAGUGAGCUGCCCCUAUGAACGGCUUUGGGCCUCCCCACAAACCACCAAAAUGCUGGGUACAACAUGGGUUCAACAUCCAAUUAAUUAAAAUUCUCUAAAAUCUGAGCCACCAACUUGUGCGGCUGCGUUGUCUGGGGUAAUUUUGGUUACCCCCGACAAAAUCGUACUCCAGGUUUUUUUGAAAAGUUGGCAGCGCUGAAGACUGCUAGUGCUAAGGCGAGUAAGUUGCCUUAGCAGUAGAUAUGAGAACACUAGUGGCCCUGGUGAAGAGCGGAUUUAAUGAUUAUAACCGUUUAAAUUAUUGUAUUAUUCAUCGAAGGGUCAGAUGGUUCUGCCUGCCAUACAUCCAGAGACUCCAGUGCUUGGUUCAAAGGCUGAUAAGCUGGAGCCACAGCCCUCAGCUCGCUGUGAAGUUCACGUUGAGGUGAACGGUGUCUGACAGCCUUUCUGUCAUACACAGGCAAAGGUCUGAGGUUGUAUGAGCACUCUCCCUCAUCACAGGAGGUGCUGGAAUCUGACUUGGUGGCUUCUCUGGGCUGAACUUCUCUCUUUGUGGCUUCUUCUCCACACCAGAAUCACGUUGCUCAUGGCUGACUGGCAAGUCACUGACGAGAGGGCAAGAGGAGGUUGCGGUAGAGAACCCGGAGGGUUCGGUCGGCUGUUUCUGCUUGGACACGAUAAACUGGACCGUCUCCUAGUGACACAGUGGAUCUUCCCUUCCCAGUAAGGAGUGAAGGUGGACAGAGUUUGGGCCAAACUGCAGACAGUCCACUUGCAGCUUUCCUACCAGACCAUAAAAACACAGAGCCCCAUGGGACCAGAAUAAGUUGUGUGGCAGGUGACGACCUCAGCUCUGACGUCUGAAGAACAAUUCUAAGCACUGAUAGCGCUUCCAUUGGUGUCGAACAAUGGUCGGACGAUGCAGCCGGAGAAGCCUCCAAAGUCCAGAGCUCAGCACAAGGUGGAGAAAGGAAGAGCAGGGAGGUCCAUGCGGGAGAUCUUACCAUAGACACCCUACCCGACAACAUGACACACUUGGUGGAGGACUCUCGUAACUACUACACACAGCGUAGCUUCGGCCCUGACGACCGGCGCGCUGGUGCAUUCUGGGUAGAUAUGGAUGACCUGCAGCACGGCCAAGUUAGAAUGCACGGGCUCCUGUCAAACACACACAAGCAGGCAGCGAGGGUGGCCCUGUCGUUUCCCUUCCCCUUCUACGGACAUUACCUGAAGCAGAUCACCAUAGCAACAGGAGGCUUUAUUUUCAUGGGGGACGUCACUCACCGUAUGCUGACCGCCACGCAGUAUGUCGCCCCACUGAUGGCUAACUUCGACCCCAGCUCCGCCAAAGAGUCCACUGUGCAGUACCUGGACAACGGUGAAGUGUUUGUGGUACAGUGGGAGCGCGUCAGGCUUCACGGUAGAGAUUCAGAGGGGGAAUUCACCUUCCAGGCCGCUCUGUACAGAUCAGGAACCAUCACCUUCAGCUACAGAGAUAUUCCCUUGUCCGUAGAGCAGAUCAUCUCAGGUCAGCAUCCAGUGAAGGCAGGUCUGUCUGAUGCUUUCAUGGUCGUGAAGCCAUCAUCUAAGACUGCAGAUGCAAGACAACGCACAAUCUAUGAGUACCAUCGGGUUCAAAUAGACACAGCAAAGAUCACAAACAAUUGUGCCUUUGAGUUUACUGCACUGCCAAGUUGCCUUCAACAUAACAGCUGUGUACUAUGCUUGUCAGCCAAUCAAACCCUUGGCUGUAAAUGGUGCCAUGUGCUACAAAGAUGUUCGGAUGGCAUGGACCGACACAGACAGGAGUGGCUGGAUUAUGCUUGUUCAGAGAAGGACGACAUCAGAUGUGAGGACUACUCCAGAGGGGAGACUGAGGCCUCGCUCCGUCCUUCUUCCAAGCCAGACCGCGCCACGACCGGCCCGAUUCUACACGACUGUAAAAGUAACGACGUGAAGUCGGCUAUUCCAAAGAACACAAACCGGUUCGCUAGCGCAGGCGCUACGGCAGGCGUCGUAGCGGGCGUUGCUUUGCUCCUGGCUCUGCUGGUGCUGGCUCUGUUCUUGCAUCGUCACCCUACCCCCUCCCACCACCUCCGUCAGCAACGCAAGAACUACUGGCCAUCCCUGAAGUUCCACAAGCAAGGACUUCAGCCUGGUUACACCGAAAUGGAGGGAAACCACGACCGAGAGAUCAUUGUGGAGAAUGGGUCAUAAUGAGAGGCCAGAUAUCAUCACAGGGAAACAACCUCAAUUUAAUGGGGAAAUAUGAUGUUGUAAAAUGUGGUAUCCCAAACCUAUUAAAUCCUAGUCUACAGAUAUCAAAUUAUUGUUUGAUUAAAAUGUAUUUGAGAUCCUUACUGUUUAAUGGUGCUACUACUUGGGUUCCAUUUUUUCUAUGUCAAUAAAGAAAAAGAUCUAACAGA